UAAUUUAAAAAGAUAUUUAUAACAUGUUGUAUAAUCAUUAUUCAAAAUAAAUAAGAAGUAAUAUAUUUUAUGUUUUUAAAAUUAUUUUUAAUUUACUGUAAAAUUGUAUAUAAAAUAAAAUCUUAUAAUCUUAUGUAUGAAAUUCCUAAAAUUUUCAUCAGAAUUUCCAAUUAUAUUUUUAUAUUGGUACUAUUAAUACUCUGAAGUUAGUUGUAUAUGAUGAUUCGCUUCAUGAUUGGUUUUCAAAACUUGUUUACGUUAAAAUUUGUGAGUUCAAAAGUAAUGUGAUUGACAGUGUAUAAUAAAUAUAUACAUAAUUCGUGAAAUUUUUAUAAAUUUAUUACAAUGGUACGAUAUGGUGCGCUUAAAGGUUUAUAUGAUUUGGAAAAGACUAUCGGAAGCGGAGGUUUCGCUAAAGUUAAACUUGCCACGCAUAUUGCAACCGGCGAAAAAGUUGCUAUCAAAAUAAUGGACAAAACAUCAUUGGGUGAUGACUUGCCUAGAGUUAAAUUAGAAGUUCAAGCAUUAAAAACUUUAUUGCAUCAACAUAUUUGUCGAUUGUAUCAAGUAAUAGAAACAGAGAGUCAUUAUUUUAUGGUAAUAGAAUAUUGUUCAGGAGGAGAAUUAUUCGAUCAUAUUGUUGAAAAAAAUAAACUUUCUGAAGCAGAAUCGCGCAAAUUUUUUCGUCAAAUUGUUUCUGCGGUAGCAUAUUUACAUAGCUUAGGAUAUGCUCAUCGUGAUUUAAAACCUGAGAAUGUUUUGUUAGAUAAAGAAGAGAAUUUAAAGCUCAUAGAUUUUGGAUUAUGUGCAAAACCAAAAAAUGGAAUAGAUUCACAUUUACAAACAUCCUGUGGUUCUCCAACAUAUGCAGCACCAGAGCUUAUAUUGGGCAAAAAAUACUUAGGUUCAGAAGUAGAUAUUUGGAGUAUGGGAGUCCUUCUUUAUGCAUUACUUUGUGGCUUUCUUCCCUUUGAUGAUAACAGUAUAGAAAAUUUAUAUAGAAAGAUUCUUAGUGGUAAAUAUGAUGAACCAAGCUGGUUAUCAAGCAGUAGUAAAAAAUUAAUACAAGCAAUGCUACAAAUAGAUCCAAAAAAAAGAAUUACGAUUCAAGAAUUAUGCAAUCAUCCAUGGAUUACAGCAGGAUUUCUCAAUCCUGUUUCAUUUGUUCAUAAAACAAAUUUUCAAAAAGAUGAUGAUGUAUUAAGUACAAUGUCUGCAAUAUGUGGUGAAAAUACUUCAGAUAUAUGGAAAAAACUUGUAAAAAGUGAUCGAACAGAUUAUAAAACUGCCACAUAUCUUUUACUUUUAGAUAGAAAACUACGUGGACUUUCACUUCGAAUAUCAUCUUCUGCAAAAUCACAUUUUAAAUCUGAGUAUGAAGGAAAUGAUAAUGGUAUUAUAACUAAACUUGAUUAUUCUCCAAGAAGUAAAUUUAUUAGAUCUCCGAUAAUAGACACUACUUUCAAGAUUUUGCCAAAAACACCUGAAACUACUAAUAGUUUCAUGGAACCACAUUUGCCUGGUAGAAAACGACUCCGAAGUAAAGAAGAAGAUGAUGCAUGUUCUCCUGUUCCUAUAAAGAGAAUUGCAGAAAAAGAUAGGUUUGUUUCUACUCCAACUAGUACUACAAUAUCAGAUUCGAGAGAAUCACAAUCAUGUACACCGGGAAGUGCAAGGAAAGUAAUAAUGGGUUUAGAACGUGGAUUGAAUCGUGUACGUUACGUCCUUACGCCAAAGAGACGCGUGAAGAAUGAAAAUAUCGAUCCUGAUCAACCUAACGUACUUUCUGGGAAGGGUCUUUGUAAUGUAUCAUCAACGUCCAGUGAUGAUCCGAAAUAUGUUCUUUCACAAUUACGUCGUGCACUUCGUCGUAAAGGAAUUAUGUGUCAUCAAAAAGGGUUUAUCUUACAAGGAGAGACGGAAGAUUGUACAGAGGAUGAUAAAGACGCAAUGCGACCAUUUUCAUCUAGGAAUGCCUGUUCUUUUGAAUUAGAAGUUUGUUUAUUAGAGGGUAUCUCAAAUAACAAAUUAGUUGGUAUUCGAAGAAAACGAUUAAAGGGUAAUGCAUGGGUUUAUAAACGAGUGUGCGAAGAAGUUCUUGCUCUGGCAGCUGAAGAUUUUUCCGCGGAAUCGGAAGGUUCAACGGAAUCGAAAUGUCCUAUUUGAAGUUUUUUUGACAUUCAUAUUCUUAUUGAUAUAAAUAUAUAUUUAAAUUUACAUUACAAGAAGACAAUAAGACAUUUGAUUAUAUUUUGAUCUCCAGUAGUUAUAUGAAAUAGAUAUUAAAUAGAUCAUAAAGACAAAUAUAAAAUAUAUUAAUUCUUGUAUGUAUCAGCAAACUAUUUAUGGCAGCUUCGAUACAUGUAUAUUAGUUUUGAAAAUGUGCCUUUCAAAGACAUAGUUUCUUCUGAGAAGAAAUAAUCAUAAAAGAAAUGUUACAGAAAUAUGAAACUUUAUUAAAUAUUUCCCCGAAUUUCAAACAAUAUAGUAAAGUUAUAAUUUCAACAAUGGUUAUAAUCACUAAUUGUGUAAUAAUUUUUAUAUAUUAAAUGUUUAAAAAUAAGAAUACAAUAAAUGUAUAUAAAUAAAAA